UACAACCACAGGGACACGAGCGAUUCAAAAAUGCUUUUGUGCUGUUUAAUCUGGAUUGUUAUGAUCACAAAAGGCGUGUUUGGUGUUGAUGCAGAUGAAGUGAAGUCAGUGUCAGUGAUGGAAGGAGAAUCUGUCACUCUACACACUCAUUUUACUCACUUACAGACACAUGAUCAGAUAUUGUGGAUGUUUGGACCUCAUGAGAAACGUAUAGCUGAAAUAUUUAAGCAAAGCAUUGAUAUGUUUGAAAGUAGCAAGAUAUUUGGAGACAGACUGAAGUUGGACAGUCAGACUGGAUCUCUCACCAUCACAAACAUCAGAAUCACAGACUCUGGACUCUAUAAACUACAGAUCAUCAGUGACAGAGGAAAUUCAUACAUGCAAUUCAAUGUUACGGUCUAUGCUCAUCUGCCUGUUCCUGUCAUCAUCAGAAACUCUUCUCAAUGUUUUUCAUCAUCUGAAAGAUCUUCAGUGUCAAAAUGUGUGUUGUUGUGUUCAGUGAUGAAUGUGACACAUGUGAGUCUCUCCUGGUACAAAGGAAACAGUUUAUUGUCCAGCAUCAGUGUGUCUGAUCUCAACAUCAGACUCUCUCUACCUCUGGAGGUGGAAUAUCAGGAUACAAACACAUACAGAUGUGUCAUCAACAAUACCAUCACAAACCACACACAACAUCUCAACAUCAUUGAUGUCUGUCAGACGUGUCCAGACAAGAUCCAGUGUUUCAGUUUUACUGAAUCUGUAAUCCGAUUGGUUCUCUCCGCUCUGGUGGGCGUGGCCACUAUCGCUGUAGUGGUUUAUGACAUCAGAUCCAGAAGAGCUGAAGAGAAGCUAAAAGACAUUGCACCCAGAAUCUGACUGAUGCCCUUGAGAAUACACCUUUUUAUUUGCUGUUUAUGAUUAAUUUCCUGUUUUUUAAUGUUUUUUAGAGAUGUUUUAACAAUCUUAUAUGGAAUCAUUUUUCAAAUAAUACACAAUUGUCAGCAAAUAUCAAUAUG